AAAUAUUUUUGAAUCAUGAAUGAGAAAUCAGAAAAGAGAAAACACUUCAUAAAUUCGAGAGUAACUACUUUGGGAAUUGUGUAUUUGACACGUGGCUAUCUGCUGGAGUGUUUAGUGACAAGUGGUUGUUGGUACUUACAUAAACUGUUUGUGUUUGUGUCUGUUGACCCACUAAAGCUCUCAAUCGGGUUAAACCCGGCAACGAAGAAGAUGAAAACGAGAUCAUCAUCAUCCUCAGCCUCCGUUCCGGCGCGUAACAGUCGCGAAUCCAAGCUACAGAUCGUGGACCCCGCUCCAUCUCGCCGGAAAUCUUUGCAUGGUUUGAGUCGGCCGCGACCAUCGUCUCGUAGAAGCAAAGGCCGUGCCGACGAUUCGGAUCGUCGCAGCUAUGCAUCCAAGGGUUUCCGUUUGCCUAAAGGAUGGACCGCUGAGGAGUGUCCGAGGAGAAACUCCUACCAUAUUGAUAGGUUUUAUGUUGAGAGAAAAACGGGAAAGCGGUUCCGUUCCCUUGUCUCCGUUGAGAGAUACUUGAAUGAAUCAGGGAAGCGUAACGAUUAUCAGCAUCAGCAGCAGCUUGUGCUUUUACAGCAGCAGCAUAACCGUGUCCCUUCCAAAGAUUUCAAUCUACCUGAUGGUUGGAUCGUUGAGGAGAAACCCCGGAAAAAUUCCGGUCGAAUAGACAGAUUUUACAUUGAGCCAGGAACAGGGAAGAAGUUCCGUUCUCUGCCUGCUGUUGAGACAUACUUGAACGGUGGUACAGUUGAUUCCGGGCAGAUUUUGGCGAACCCGGAUGGUACCGGAUUUGAGAGCGUGGAUAUUGACCCAAACCCACCGGAGAAAGUUAAAUGGGUACUGACGGGUCCAGUAGGAAGCAUGUUUAGUGCGCAUGUUAGCGGCUCGGACGUCUCUAGCUCUCUCCAAAAGACAUGGUCCGAGGCUUUUGUCUCAUUGAUCCAAGAACGGGUUUAACAAAUGUCUGCUGAUUCCUUGAUUUGGGCGUUUUGGGUCGGGUUUUUUUUAUCACUUUUUAAUUUGAAUGCUAAUAAGCUAUCCCGCUCAGUAGUCUCUCUCCAUGCUUAGUGCGCAUGUUAAUAAGGUAUUGGUCCUAUUGGAUGUUUUCUGUUUUUGUCGAGUCGUAUGGAAAUUAAGAUGUGCAAUAGUAAACCAACUUUGUCGGAUGACAUUAAAAACCCUUCAAGCAAA